AAAUGAAACUAAACAGCAGAGCUGAAUGUUGAGGACCUGAAGACACUUUCACUUAUACAUUUUUCUGAACACUUGCCAGUCCCCUGAACUCAGUCUUACUUUGGGAUUCAAGAGGGAAAAAAAGAUAAGUCAACAACACACAUCAUCUCAGGCACGGCAUCAGCUAACAAUCCACAGUCUGAAAUGCAGUUAAUAUGCAGUAUCUGUGAGGAGGUGCUCAAGAAACCAGUCACAACCCCAUGUGGGCACAACUUCUGCAUGGAUUGUAUCAGAGUAUACUGGAAAAACAAUGUCCUGUGCCAGUGUCCACAGUGCAAGGAGAAAUUCCCUAACAUAUCUGAGCUACAAGUCAAUACUCAAUUAUCUAAAAUGGUUGAUGAGUUCUGGAAUCCAUUUGUGGUAAAUAACACAAGCCCCCAGGACCAAUGCCUGGACCAUCCUAGAGAGGUGUCCCGUGAUAUCUGUGUUGGGAGGGAGGUCAAGGCUGUGAAUUCUUCUUUUGAGGCCUCUUACUGUGAGACUCCCCUGGAGCCCAAUCAGAGAGUCACAACCUUGAGGAGACAACAGCAUGUAGAGAAUCCUGAAGAACAUAUGUGUGAGAGGCAUGGGAGAUGUCUGGAGUUCAAGACCGACUACAAUACCCACAACACUCUCCCUCUUGAAGUGGAAACCAGAAAGAAUAAUGUACAGUUAGGAAAGGCUGAAGUGCAGCAGAUGAUUCAGGGCAGACAGCAGAAGGUUAUUGAGAUCAGAAAUAGUCUACAAUCUAGCGGAAUAAAUGCAGAGCAAGAGGUAGAGAAUAGUUGUCAGAUCUUUAGAGCUUUAAUGCGCUCCAUUGAAAGAAGCCAGGCUGAACUCAUUGAGGUGAUUUCGGAAAAGCAAAAGGAAACUAAAAGGCUGGCUGAAGGGCUCAUUAAAGAGCUGGAGCAGGAAAUCACUGACCUAAAACUCCUCCAGAGCUCACCAUCCCUGUGCACCUCUCCACCCACCAAGGACUGGUCUGAGAUCAGGGUUCAGACUUUUGAGAAUGUCGGCAUGGUGAGGAAAGCUGUGAAGAGAGCUGGCUCUCAGUUUGAAGACGCACUGAAGAGUGAAUUGAAGAGGUUGUGUGAGGCUGAGCUCAAGGUUAUUCAGCAGUGGUCAGUGGAUGUAACUCUGGACCCUGAUACAGCUCAUCCCAAUCUCACUCUCUCUGAAGAUGUGAAACAACUUAGACAUCCCGGUAGACGACAAAACUACCCUAGCAAUCCAGAGAGGUUCUUCUAUAUUGCCAGCAUCCUGGGAAAGGAAGGCUACUCCUCAGGAAGAUUCUACUACGGGGUGCAGGUGAAGGGAAAUACUCUCUGGAGUUUAGGAGUGGCCAGAGAGUCCAUUAAAAGAACAAUUUAUGCAGCAACGCCUGAGAAUGGACUCUGGACUAUCCAGCAGGGGAAAGGGAACAUCUACAGGGCCUGCACCACUGACCCUACCCCCCUUUCCCUGAGUGAGAAGCCCCAGACGGUGGGCGUCUAUGUGGACUAUGAAGAUGGUGAGGUCUCCUUUUACAAUGCCCAGGCCAAGUCUCAUAUCUACUCAUUUACCGAUUGUUCCUUCACUGAGAAACUUUACCCGUACUUCAACCUUGGGGUUUGUGGCAUUGACAAAAUGUCAGCACCGUUGAUCAUCUCUCAUGUGAGCCAAUCAGAUUGAGAUUUAACUCGUAUCGAUUAAAUUCUAAAGUAAACUGAACAUUCCAUGCAUUGAUUUAUAUUGAAUAUUUAGAGAGAUAUAUAUUGUAUCUUACCAGGAAAUCUAGAAUCACGUUUGCUGGACUGUAUUGUGAUGUCCUUUACGAUUGUAUGAUGACAUACUGAAAAUGCAGCUCAUUACAAAUCCUGCCCCAAUA